AUGGCUUCACCAUCUUAUGCUGUUAACGAACGAGGCACUCGUCAAUUGGUGGAUGCUGGCCUAGAUUUAAAUAUCGGAUCUGGUGGACUUGGAGAACAAGCUAAGGAUGCAAUAAUCAUGUGCAGUUUAGUCCCCAUGUUAAGUUUAAUUCAUCAAUACUUCUGGUUCCUUCUGUUAAUUAUUCCUGUUCGCUUAUUCUAUGUACUUUGGGUGAAUAUUUUGGCACCAUGGAUAUUUGAUCCAAAUCAAGAAACACAAGUGAAUGAAAAGAAACAAAAGAAAAUGGAGCGGAAAAUGCGACGAGUCGGUCAUUUGAUGCAUGGUACCGAUAGAGCUGUGGGUCGAGCUAAUUAA